UAUAUGGUGGUGGUGUUAGAGUUUGACUAAUGGAUCAUUCUCUGAAUUGUUCAUCAAGGGGCAUAGUUGGUGGAAGCAGAAAACCAAGCGGUUCUGAUGGAGAAAGUGGAUGGACAUCUUACUUUGAAGACUUCUCAGAAGGCAUAGAACCCAGUUAUUGUUCCAGUUUGGAUGGUUCAUCUUUGCUCUCAGAUGCUGCUUCUUCUGCUGCAUGGAAAUUUUCUCACCACAAUCAUCAUCAUCAUCAUCUUCUUUCUUCUCCCUCUUUCAAGGCCCCAAAUCCACCCAAAAAGUUGACCUUCAAGAAAGCAAGAGCCAAACAGAUAUCAGAAGAUGACCCUUUGGAAGACACUGCUAGCUCUCCUGUCAAUAGUCCCAAGGUGAGAGACUUGAAUCCAGCUGAAAUGAGUUCUAGAAAAGAUGAUGAUGAUGAACUGGGUAAGGGGUUGAAAUCAUCAGAGCAUUAUUCAGAUAAGAAGAGAGAUGAUAAAUUAAAGUAUAAUGGAAAGAAUGGUGAUUGCACAGAGUUGAAGAAAAGGGGAUUAUGCUUGGUUCCUUUGUCUUUGUUGGUUAAUUAUUUGGGGUGACUGAUACUUUUGUCUAUAUACUUUCUCUCUCUUUAUCUGUCCCUCUCCUUGUCUCCUUUUCUUUGUGUUCUUCUAUGUAGCUCAAGUUCUUCAAUUGUAUAUUAAAGAGCUUCAUCACUCACUGUGAUGUAUAAUCUCUAUCUCACUAUAUAUCUGUAUA